UAUGCCCAUAUUAUACAAUGUAGGAAUGUUGAAAUACCAAAUACGACAAAUGCACUCAAAUUGUUCGGCCGGUACGAUCCGAAACAAAAUAACUCAUUUGCAUUUCGCUCCAUCUGUUAUUUUGGAGAGGGACUAGAAACUACUAGAAUAAAGCCCGCGAUUUUCUGGUCAGCUAUACUAUAAAUUAAGUGAAAAAUGGCGGUGGAUUUGUAAUGUUUCAGUUGGAUGGCUUAAUUUUCAACUAUUUAAAGCGUAUUUAAUACAGGCUCCUCCUAAAUUAUGGUUCAGAGAGCUUCCAAAUCAUGUGGCUAAGUAACUGUGCAUCUAAAAAUGACAAUUGGUGAUCAAAUUUUGUUGGUAGUUUCAAUUCUUGAAGGGAAAAAGUUUCCAAGUCGUGCCAGACAUAAAAUCCUUGUUGAGACGAAGUUUGAUGGAGAGACUUUGUCGACGGAUCCCAUUGACCAUGUUGAAGCACCAAAGUUUACUACAGAAUUGGCUUGGGAGCUGAAUAAGAAAUCUCUUCACAAGCACCGACUUCAUAGAUCACCAAUUAAAGUCCAGUGUUAUGCUGUGGAUGUACUGACAUCACAAAAAGAACCAGUUGGCUACAUCAUUCUUGACUUGAGAAGUGCACAGCAAAAACCAGAGGUGCCACAUUGGUAUCCAUUGUUAAGUUCCAAAUACCAAAAAUUAAAACCAGAGCUUAAGGUUUUGCUGUCUCUUGAAGAAGAUUCCCAGUCCAAAGAAGCAGACAAUCAACCUUUUGGAGCAGACAAUACCAAGGCUGCAGCUUCUAAACAGAAAGAUCUUCAAUCUUCUGGGUUCGUGGGUGAUUUGGAGCCUGUUCUUAAUAACAAUGAAGGGUACUAUCAAAUAGGACCAUCAGAGAAAGAUAACCACAUCUUUGUACUGUCUGUUACUAUUGGUUUGGCUUCAAACUUGGCAAAGCUUAUCCCAUCAUCUUUCAAGUUAACUGAUCAUGGAGGAGGUUUUUAUUUCUAUUAUUCCCUUAUUGGCAAUGAUGUCUCAAAUGCUGUGUUUCACGAUCUACUACAGCCUAACUUUCCUCCAGAGAGAGCAACUGUGCGUAUAAAAUGUAAUAUUGCAGCUCUCCAUGCAUUUUUUAAUGCUCACCGUGGACUUGAGAUUCAUCUCUGCAGUGGUGAUCAGUCUCUUGGCAUGGCUUUAGUGCCAUUGCAAAGCCUUCUUCAAAAAGACUUACAGUUACAGUCACCUGCAGUGGUUGAGGGUUUGUUUAAACUACAGCCUAUGGGGGCGCCACAUGGGAUGUCAUCUGAUGAUAAUGUACCAGCAGUUGGUGUAUCGGUGUCAUUGAAACAGGAAUCUCCUGUUUUAGCAGGAACUAAUCAGCAACCUAAAGAGACACCUUCAAGAUCACCAGCAACUAAAACAGACUUGAAAUCAGUUGUUCAAGGUGUAGUCCAGGAUUCAUUUGCUAAUAGCCCUUCAAAUAGGCCCAUUAGCAGUACCCCAGAGAAAGCAGCACAUAAAAUGUCUGAUGAGCAUACAGUUCAAUCAACUUCACCAAUUAAAUAUUCUAAAAGACAUCCUAAGAAACCAGACAAGCAUCAGACCCCCAGUCCAGUACACCUUCAGUACAGAGACAUGCAACCAGAAAAUACUCAUCACUAUUGCUUCUCCAUUGACUUGAGAACAAUUAAUGAUCUUGAUGUAACUUCUUCCAUAAACUGCUUUCUCAGGUAUACAUAUCCGUUCUUUGGUAGCGCUGCACCAGUCAUGACAAGUCCACCAGUUGAAGUUUCUAAACACAUGCAAGCACUACUCCCWAAAUCAUUUUGUGCUUUUGACUUUGCUUCUUCUCCAAAACUUUUACAGGAAAAGAUUAUAGGAGAUCCACUUAUUGUAGAAGUUUGGCACAGAGAUCAGAUGGCUGGAAAUGUUUUACUAGGUACUGCUACAGUCAACCUUGGACACAUUCUCACUGCAGACAAAAUGUUGAGUGGAGGUGUUGCUGGAUAUAGGCAGAUUUACAGUGAACGAACUAACAUAGUAACAGCCCAUCAACCCAUGAGAAAGAUUGGAGAGCUUCACAUAGUUUUAGGUCUUGAAGAUUUUGGUCCUGUCAACCCUCAGCAAUUGCAUGCUGCAAGACAAAAUAUAAUGUCUCUAAGCAGUACAGCUUCGUCAUUGGAGAGUACAAGUCAAGGUUCUUCUGCAAUACCUUUAGCUCAGCCUCAGCGCAUUCCUCCCCUUCAAUCUGAACCCCCUGCUGUAACGGACCCCAGGGCAACUGCUGAAUACCAAGCGGCAAUGGAACUUGAAUUGUGGAAAGAACAUCAGGAAGAAAUGUUCCAGUCACAGCUACAACAGAAAGAAACUGAACACAUCAAGACAUUAGCCGAAGAUUGGAAAAGACGUGAUAAAGAACGCGAGUUGCUGGUCAAGAAAAAAGUUGAAGAGUACGCCAAACUUGAAGAAAAGCUUAGACUCACUGUUGCCGACUUUGAAAAACGUGAAAAACAACUUGCAUCAAAUGAAUUACACGUUGCUAAAUUAAAAGAAGACCUGCAACAUGAACACGACAAGAAAAUACAAGAAGUAAAAGAAGCCAUGAAAAGGAUGAAAGAAGAUUGCGCUCAUCAAGUGGAAAUGGAAAGAGCAAAAGUUAGAGACUUGGAACAACAAAAACAAAGAUUCGUAGAGCAGUUGUAUGCAGCAGAAAAGCGGUUCCAGGAUAAAGAAAAUGAAUUAAUAUCAUACAAAGAAAGUCAGCUCACAAAACCCGAAGUAAGACUUCAAUCAGAGCUUGACCUUCUGAAGGUUGAAAAGUCUGAAUUGGAACGCAAAUUAGACACUGCAAAUAAAUCUAAGAUUCACUAUAAGCAACAGUGGGGCAGGGCCCUAAGAGAAGUAGCUCGUCUUAAGCAACAAGAACAAGCAGUAGCGAAGGAAAGAUUAAAGAGACAGGAGCAAGAGCUAGAACACAUGAGACUUCGAUACCUGGCUGCUGAAGAAAAGGAGGUUGUCAAAGCAUCUGAGAGAAAUGAGCUGGAAGACAUCAAGCAAGAAUUAAAUAGAUUGAAACAACAGGAAGAACAAAAAUUGCGCAUCUCAGAGAGUCAACAUAAUCCCGUCUCAUCACAAUAUUCUCUUCGCCAUUUCUCGGACGACAAUUAUUCCACGCAUCUUAGUAAAGAAACGAUUGAAGAACUCGACAAUAGAAUCGCUAAGUUGAUAGAGGAGAGAGAUACAUUACUACAAACUGGAGUCUAUACUACAGACGACCGGAUCAUCGUUGAACUGGACAAGCAGAUCCGAGAUGCUAUUGCAAGUAAAGGGUGAUCAAAUGUAUAUCCUCAUAGGGGUUCAAGUCUGUCUUGAUAUGUGUAUAUGCUAAAAUUAGCUGAUAAUAAAUUGUUUGUUAAAGUAA